AUGGGCUCCAUUGGAAGCCAGCGCCUCAAGGAGCCCUGCAUGGCAGCCACAUCUGGCCAGAGUGUGGUAACAAGCUUCAGCUUUGACAACUUCCAGCUGGAAAGAACAGCAGAGGACGCUCAGGAUCCAAGUGUCCGAGUCAGGGGUGUUCCCACUUUCACAGACUCUGCCAUAGAGGAGCCUGUGCCAGACGACCGGUACCAUGCCAUCUACUUUGCCAUGCUGCUGGCUGGUGUGGGUUUCCUACUGCCAUACAACAGCUUUAUCACUGAUGUGGACUACCUUCAUCACAAGUACCCAGGGACCUCCAUUGUGUUUGACAUGAGCCUCACCUAUAUCUUGGUGGCACUGGCGGCUGUGCUUCUAAACAACGUUGUGGUGGAGAGGUUGAACCUGCACACUAGGAUCACCACAGGCUACCUCCUUGCCUUGGGUCCCUUGCUCUUCAUCAGCAUAUGUGAUGUGUGGCUUCAGCUCUUCUCGCACGAUCAGGCUUAUGCCAUCAACCUGGCUGCUGUGGGCACUGUGGCCUUUGGAUGCACAGUGCAGCAAUCUAGCUUCUAUGGCUACACGGGAUUACUGCCCAAGAGGUACACGCAGGGGGUGAUGACUGGAGAGAGCACAGCAGGGGUGAUGAUCUCUCUGAGCAGGAUCCUCACUAAACUGCUGCUACCAGACGAGCGGGCCAGCACCAUCAUCUUCUUCCUGGUCUCCGCGGGCCUGGAGCUGCUGUGCUUCCUGCUACACCUGCUGGUUCGGCGCAGCCGGUUUGUGCUCUACUACACCACACGGCCUCGUGACAGCCGCCCCAUCCGGGCUGGCUAUCGAGUGCACCAUGACGUGGCAUCAGGAGACAUACACUUCGAGCACCAAACUCCAUCCCUGUCCAGCAGCAGGUCCCCAAAGGACAGCCCAGCCCAUGAGGUGAUCCACAGCAACAGUGGCGCCUACAUGCGUUUUGAUGUGCCUCGGCCACGGGUCAAACGGAGCUGGCCCACCUUCAGAGCCCUGCUGUUGCACCGAUACGUUGUGGCGCGGGUCAUAUGGGCUGACAUGCUGUCCAUUGCGGUAACCUAUUUCAUUACACUGUGCCUGUUUCCCGGCCUGGAGUCCGAGAUCCGCCACUGUGUGCUGGGCGAGUGGCUGCCCAUUCUGGUCAUGGCCGUGUUCAACCUGUCAGACUUCGUGGGAAAGAUCCUGGCGGCCCUACCGGUGGACUGGCGGGGCACUCAUCUACUUGCCUGUUCUUGCCUGCGUGUGGUUUUCAUCCCCCUCUUCAUCCUGUGUGUCUACCCCAGUGGCAUGCCUGCCCUACGCCACCCUGCCUGGCCCUGUGUCUUCUCACUGCUUAUGGGCAUCAGCAAUGGCUACUUUGGCAGUGUGCCCAUGAUCCUGGCAGCGGGUAAAGUGAGCCCCAAGCAGCGGGAGCUGGCAGGAAACACCAUGACUGUGUCCUAUAUGUCGGGGCUGACCCUGGGCUCCGCUGUGGCCUACUGCACCUACAGCCUCACCCGUGAUGCCCACAGCAGCUGCUUCCAAACAGCCACCGCCAACGACUCCAUCCCUGUCGGCCCCUGAGCCAGGCCCAUCUGAUCCUACCCACCGCCCAGGGAGGGCUGCUCAGGCCAGUCACCCCAAGGCCUGAGGACCCUCCCCACCCCUGCCUCAGUGCCUGCGGGGUCCUGGCCGCCACUAAUGCCACCUCGCCACUUCAUUCCAGUUGCCCACUGCAGCUGGGACAUGUCUUCAUCACCCGGGGCGCUGCCUACCCCCAUGUCCUGUGUUUGGUCAGACACUUGCCCUUCACCCUCUAUGUCCAGAAGCCCAACAUU